AUGGCGCCUACAGACGUUGUCACGACUUCCUAUCUACUGGGCAACCUUCACUGCCCAUCAUGUGUCACCUUGAUCCGUUCACUCCUCCACGAAACAUACGGCGACAAUGUGCUUUGGGUAUCUCCAAACCUCGUCACCUCCGUGGUGACGGUCGAACACAAGGACAACACUCCAGCUUCGGUACGCAACAUGGAAAAGACCCUCGAAGAUGUCGGCUUCGAGGUGUGUGGCGUCAACACCACUGCGAGCUCCUCCAUUGAUCUAUACCGCACAUCCCAAGUUGACCUUGGCGAGAGCAGCCGCGCCAUGGAGCAUCCCAACGGGUUCAUCGACUCCUUCUUUCAGCUCUGGCGUCCUAAGCCGUCGCCUUCAGCUGCAGAGGCGGCCCGGGCAGCUCACCUCGAGAACUGCGAAGCAUGUAGAUCCGAAGCAGUCGGCCAAGAUGUGAAACACUACGAGAAUGAGAAACUGGCUCGCACUUCUUCCAAGAUAUCUGACACCUCCACAAAACACUCCUCCUUGCCUUAUCCCCUUCAAAAAGUGGUCACGGGCACGGCUCCCUCUUCGCUGUGGCGAGUGACUCUCUCAGUCGGCGGCAUGACCUGCGCUGUCUGUGUCAACACCAUCACUGAGGAGAUCCAAAAGUACCCCUGGAUCUCAAAGGUCGUUGUCAACUUGGUAUCCAACAGUGCUACUGUCGAUUACAUUGAUGGCGAUCGGACACAAGACAUCGUCGACGCCAUCGAAGACCUGGGAUACGACGCUGCAAUCGAUCAAGUUGUCAACCUCGAGGAGCAGAAGCAAUCCGCAGACGAACGCGAGGUCGAGAUUCGUGUCGACGGCAUCUUCUGCCCGAGGUGCCCAGAUCGAAUUAUAACAACUCUGAAGGGUCUUGCGCCAGACCGACUCCAGAUUUACCAGGAACCUACCGUUAAGAACCCCAUUGUCAGGCUUCGAUAUACCCCCAAGGCGCCAGAGUUCACGGUGAGACACAUUCUCCAAGCCAUUGAGGCAGCGGAUGAGGCUCUCAAAGCUUCCAUCUACCACCCCCCGACCCUCGAGGAGCGUUCCAGGGCUAUCAGAGCCAAGCAUCAGCACGCUCUGUUGUACCGUGAAAUCCUUACCAUCAUCUUUGCCAUACCUACCUUCAUUCUGGGUAUCGUCUACAUGAGCCUCCUGCCCAACUCGAAUCACGGGAAGAUGUACCUGAUGAAACCAUGGACCUCUGGGCUCAGCCGCCUUGAUAUCGCCCUGUUCAUCCUUGCCACACCAGUCUACUUUUUCGCCGCCGACGUCUUCCAUGUUAGGGCCAUCAAGGAGGUGCGAACUAUGUGGCGCUCGGGUAGCCGCAUGCCUGUGAUACAGCGCUUCUAUCGAUUCGGCAGCAUGAACAUGCUUGUUUCUCUGGGAACCAGCAUAGCCUACUUCUCUUCGGUAGCACAGAUGAUUGCUGCGGCUACCACGAGCAGACAUCACCAAGGUUCUGGUGCCGAGAUGUACUUUGACUCGGUUGUCUUCCUGACCAUGUUCCUUCUCGCGGGAAGACUCAUCGAGGGAUACAGCAAAUCCAAGACCGGUGACGCGGUAGAGAUGCUGGGCAAGCUUCGUCCAACAACGGCCCUUCUUGUUGAGAAGGACAAGGCCGGAAUUCAGACAACUACAACCGUUCCUGUCGACCAACUUGACACUGGCGAUGUAAUUCGCAUCCCUCACGGCGCAUCCCCAGCUGCAGAUGGCAUCAUCGUCACGGGAGAGACCAACUUUGAUGAGUCGAGUCUCACUGGCGAAUCACGCCUCAUCAAGAAGGCGGAAGGAGACCAGGUCUUUGCUGGAACCAUCAACAAAUCGUCUGCCAUCACUGUGCGUGUCACUGGCACCUCGGGGAAGUCCAUGUUGGAUCAGAUUGUCCAGGUCGUCCGAGAAGGCCAAACCAAGCGAGCUCCCAUCGAGCAGAUUGCCGACCUCCUGACCACUUACUUUGUUCCCCUCAUUACGCUGGUUGCCAUCCUCACCUGGGUUGUCUGGAUGGUUGUCGGUUUCUCGAAUGCCGUCCCAGAUCACAAGGCAGAAUCGUCAGGCGGCUGGGUUGUCUUUGCCCUCCAAUUCGCCAUCGCCGUCUUCGUCGUCGCUUGCCCCUGUGGACUGGCCCUGGCAGCUCCGACAGCCAUCUUUGUAGGCGGCGGAAUCGCGGCUAAGCACGGCAUCCUUGCCAAAGGUGGUGGUGAGGCAUUUGAGAAGGCGAGCAAGAUUGAUUGCGUCGUGUUUGAUAAGACGGGUACCCUCACUGAGGGGGGAGAGCCACAGAUCACCGACGCUGCCGUCUUCCCGGAUGGUUCGGCCGACGAGAAGGAACGAGGAGCUCUGAUGUCGGCUCUCAAGGCCGUCGAGGAGAGCAGCAGCCAUCCAAUUGCCAAGGCCAUCGUUUCGUUCUGCGGAGCUGAUACCAAGGCUGCUGAUGUUGAAGGCCUGGAGGAGUUGCCUGGAAGGGGCAUGAAGGCCUUGUACAAAGGCACCGGCAACCAGCAAUGUGACAUUAUCGUCGGGAACGAGCUUCUCAUGCAAGAUUUCUCCGUGGUUAUCUCGGGUCGUGUUUCUUCGCUCCUCCAGACCUGGAAGACCGAGGCCAAGUCUGUCGCCCUGGUCGCCACCAAGCCCUCGGCCGGUGACACCUGGACCCUCGUCGCGGCGCUCUCCAUCUCCGACCCGAUCCGUCGUGAAGCCGUCGCGGUGAUCCGGGCCCUGACGGCGCGCGGAACCCAAGUCUGGAUGCUCUCCGGUGACAACGCAACUACCGCCCGCGCGGUGGCGCAGCGCGUAGGGAUCCCAGCCUCCAACGUGUUCGCAGAGGUGCUCCCGUCAGACAAGGCGGCCAAGAUAGCGUCGCUCCAAGCCUCUCUCCACGCACGCGGCUCGACGACGCGGCGGGCCAUGAUCGCCAUGGUGGGCGACGGCAUCAACGACUCCCCCGCGCUCACAACUGCCGACGUGGGCAUCGCCAUCGGGUCCGGCAGCGACGUGGCCAUCAGCAGCGCCGCCUUUGUGCUCGCAACGUCUCAUCUCGCCGCCGUCGUCACGCUUCUCAACCUCAGCCGUGCCGUGUUCCGACGUAUCCGCGUCAACUUCGCCUGGGCCGUCGUGUACAACAUGAUUGCGGUGCCCGUCGCCGCCGGCUGCCUGUACCCCAUCACGACGGGGGACGGGAGUCACAUUAAGUUGGACCCGGUGUGGGCGGCGCUGGCGAUGGCCCUGUCAAGCAUCAGCGUUGUGUUGAGCAGUCUGAGUCUUCGGACGGGGAUUCCAGGGGUUGGAUUUCGGCAUCGGGAGGUUGAAGUUGAUGAGUGA